AUGCUCCAAUCAAUAAAUGACCGAUUUAUUCAACUUGAAGACCAUAGUAAAUUAUUUUCAUUUCUUUAUAAUAUUUCUAAUGUAAAUAAUUAUGAACAUUUAAUGAAGUGCUGUAAAGAUCUUCAGCUAGCACUUUCUUCAAAUGACGGUUUAAAUUCUGAUAUAAAUUCUGUCGAACUUUGUGAAGAAAUAAAUACAUUACAAAAACAUUUGCAAAAUGAAAAUGAUCCAAAAGCAAUUUUACAAUUUAUAUGUGAAAACAAAUUAAUAGAAUUAUUUCCUAAUGUAUACGUAGCUCUAAGAAUUUUAUUAACAUUACCAGUAACUGCAGCUUCAGCUGAAAGAAGCUUUUCAAAAUUAAAAAUUGUAAAGAACUACUUAAGAUCACAAAUUUCACAGGAUCGUUUAGUUGGAUUGGCAACAAUUUCAAUUGAAAAUCAAAUUGCGAAUGAUCUUGACAUUGACGAUUUAGUUAAAGAUUUUGCGUCAGCAAAAGCAAGAAAAAUACAUUUUUAA